AUGGAUAGCUCCAUAAUCCAGGACGACGAUGUCAUAAUUACUGACACGUUUUUAAGUGACGAGGAGGAGGAAGAGUUAAUAAACCAAAAAGCCGUUGCGCAAAGGAACGGCAGAGUGGGGAUAAAAAAAAGUGGUUAUAAUACCGCUUAUGUGGGAAACAAAAAUUGGAGCAGCGUUCGCCAUACAAAUUUUGACGGACCCAAUGAAGAUGGAGCAUCUUCCCUCGAGGAGGCAUCUGUAAUUGUAAAAAAUGAUAAUUCAUGUGAAGAGAAUGAAAAUGGACGCGACGACGAGGAGGGAGGUUUUUUCGACUUUGGCAAUUAUCUCAACGGUGUUGAUGAUGUAGGGGAGGAAGACAAACAGGAAGAAGAGAGUGGGAAAAAGAUGCGGUCUGUAAGGAGCAACAAAGUGUGGCAUGACUCGGAUGAUGAUGUGAUGGAGUGUGGCUCGAAGAGCCGUGCCCGAGGGUUUGCCGCCGAAUCGGAGGAUGAUGAAAGUGUAGACGGAGACCAAGUCGAUAUAGGACAUGAAACGGAUGAAGAACACUUGAUCAAAAAUGAACAAAGCGAAAACUAUUUCGAAAGGUACAUUGACAAGGUAGACAUUGAAACGUACGAAGGGGAGGAACAAAAAAACGCAGCAGCCACCAUCAACAUGGAAGACAUAUACAUUUUUGAUAACAACGAAAUGGACUCUCAUAUAAAGAAGAAGAAGAGACAAAACAAAAUGAAUGAAAAAAGUAUUUUUUUGAAAUACUACUUACAGAAAUUUACUUUGCAUCGAAUUGAGGACACAAAAAUUAGACAACUAGUCGGCAUGCCCAAGGCAAAUUUAAUUUUACCUGUGUAUAACUCUGAUUUGUAUGUGCUUCAGUACAAGGAGAGGUUGCUGAGCAUGUUGAAGAAGAUCUCCUUCCGAGGGAGGAUAAGCCAUGUGCAGGAGAGUAACGGAAGCGCAUACAUCCUCAUGCAUGAUAACUACGUUCGGAACUACAAUUUGGAAAAGGGGAUUGUUUACAAAAAUCGCAUUCAUCUUGGAAAUGCUGGGCGUGUGAUCCCCAUGGAAAUAAAAUUCUUCGACACAAAAAAUGAGGACAAUAAUGAACUGCCACAACAAAGUAGCGACCACCUGUAUGGUAUAUCGUUCCGACGGAGCAGGAAGAUAAAUAUAUACGACACAAGAAGUUUUGAUGUGGUGAAGAAUUUUGAAAUGGAUUAUAAAUGUAUUGGUAUGAAUUUCCACAAAAAAACAAACAGCUUGUUUGCCAUUGACAGUAAAGGGAAUUUAUACAACUGGUGUUUGAACACAAAUAAAUUAAUAAACAGAGUGGUAGAUAAUUACUCCGUUUUUCCAUCAUGUCUUAGCAUGCAUGGUGAUUACAUAGUUACGGGUUCCUUUAGUGGCUUCCUUAAUUUAUUUCAUGUGGAUAAUUUGACAUCCCCAAUAAAGAGCUUUAAGAAUUUGACGCUCCCAGUUAGCAAUGCUAUUUUUAACCCCUCCCACAAUUGCCUUUUAUAUUUUACCAAGCUUGCAAAGAAUGGUAUUAAGCUGAUCGACCUGCACACAAAUUAUGUGUAUUGUAACGUCCCUUGGUUUAAUACAAAUGUGAAACACAACGUUCUUGCUGCUGAUUUUUUCAACAGUGGCCAUAAUUUGUGUUUCUCCGUUAAGGCGAAUUCGUUUUACGUGUAUGACCUUUUUGGGGAUGGUCCUGUGGCCUCAGGGUCGGGUUAA